AGGGCUGAACGGCAAUCUGAAUGGGGCUUGCACCUGGCUGCUGCAACGCUGACUUUGUGGCUGUUCUCGGAGACCACUUUCAGUAACUCCAGUGGUGCGCCAUCGUAUGAGCGUGCUCGCUCCCUUUGAGUCGUUCACGUUGUCUUUCCUUUGCCGAAGCAACGGUAUUAUCUCUUCGCAUUGUUGUCAUGGUCCUUGUGCCUCGUCGAUCUUUGAAUCUCAAAAGAAAUAGGAAAGACCAAAAACUUUCCAAGGCACCAGUAAUAAAGGAUCGCAUGAUGUUUGCUCUUUCGGCUUUCCUUUGCGAGAUGACCUUCAUCUUAUCGAUCUCCCAAACUCCGGUUGGUCUCUCGAGGAUCGAUUGCGAUCAAACUUGUCCGUUUCGGUGGGACAGUGCGCCGAAAAGUCCAGUCAUACUGACUGCACCGGUGUUCUUUUCUUCUUUUGCUUGUCUCUUUCUUCUUUGGGCCGGCCGUUUGCAAAUGAAGAUGAUCGGACUUGGUAUGCAAGCCACACUUGGAACAUAUGAUCGGAGUGAGAACAAUUACCCAAUCAGCGAGGCGACGAAACAACGCCCUUGCAAAGCUGCAUCCGAGUCAAAGAUUUGUGUCAGGUACCUGAAUCGUCGGAAGGCUUGGAGUUUUUAGUCGUCGGACAACUGGUCUCUGCCUUGUCAUCCAUUGCCAUGUCUAGCACUUGAGGAAAUCCAGGAC